UCGCAACCGCCAGUCGCCCGUCAGUCGUCGAGCGCUACGCACAUCUGUCACGCUGUCGCGCGCGACCUCCCAACCAUGUGGUGAAGUGUAACUGUCAAACGUGAUACAACUCGCGACUAUUACAUUUUAUACUAUUUAUCUUACGUUUUAAACAUUGCCGUGGUGAAUUGUGAUCUCGAAGUGGUGCCACCGUUUUGGAAAAUUGGAUUAUACGAACGAAUAAUGGCCUUAGCCAGGUAUAACCAACAAACUGGACGCUCAGCUUGGUUGAAACUCGGCGCGGGCAGCGAGUGCGGCGGUGGUGGGUCGGGCGGCGGCGGCGCGCCCGCUCCGCAGUCGGCGCGCGUGUCCUCGAACGUCGCCGGCGGCAUGGCGGUCAGCCGCGUGCCCAGCCCGCUGCACGACGGGAACACGCCCGUCGCCGAGAACUGGUGCUUCACACAGGUCAAAGUGGUGAAAUUCAGUUACAUGUGGACAAUAAACAAUUUUAGUUUUUGUAGAGAAGAGAUGGGUGAAGUGUUAAAAUCAUCGACAUUCUCAGCCGGUGCUAGUGAUAAGUUAAAGUGGUGUCUCCGUGUUAACCCUAAAGGACUCGACGAAGAGAGCAAAGACUACUUAUCGUUAUAUCUAUUAUUAGUGUCGUGUAAUAAAUCAGAAGUCCGAGCAAAGUUCAAGUUUUCAAUAUUAAACGCAAAGCGGGAAGAAACGAAGGCGAUGGAGUCACAGCGCGCAUACAGAUUUGUUCAAGGCAAAGACUGGGGGUUCAAAAAGUUCAUUAGAAGAGAUUUCCUACUAGACGAAGCAAAUGGACUCCUACCAGAAGACAAGCUAACGAUAUUCUGCGAAGUGUCAGUAGUCGCGGACAGUAUAAACAUCAGCGGACAGAGCAACGUGGUGCAGUUCAAAGUGCCCGAGUGCCGGCUCUCGGACGACCUGGGCGCGCUGUUCGACAACGAGCGGUUCUCUGACGUCACGCUGGCGGUCGGCGGCAGGGAGUUCCAGGCGCAUAAAGCGAUAUUAGCAGCGCGGAGUCCCGUGUUCGCGGCCAUGUUCGAGCACGAGAUGGAGGAGCGCAAGCGCAACCGCGUGGACAUCACGGACGUGGACCACGAGGUGCUGCGCGAGAUGCUGCGCUUCAUCUACACCGGCCGCGCGCCCAACCUGGACAAGAUGGCCGACGACCUGCUCGCCGCCGCCGACAAGUACGCGCUGGAGCGGUUAAAAGUGAUGUGCGAGGAAGCGCUGUGCCUCAACCUGUCCGUGGAGACGGCGGCCGACACGCUCAUCCUGGCCGACCUGCACUCCGCCGACCAGCUCAAGGCGCAGACCAUAGACUUCAUCAACACGUCGCACGCGACGGACGUGAUGGACACGGCGGGCUGGAAGAACAUGAUCUCGUCGCACCCGCACCUCAUCGCCGAGGCGUUCCGCGCGCUGGCCACGCAGCAGCAGCAGAUCCCGCCCAUCGGCCCGCCGCGCAAGCGCGUCAAGCAGGCCUAGGCGGCCGCCGGCCACCGAGCCUGAACAUAUCCCGAGGAACGACGGACAUGCGCGACACGAUUCCCUACGUGCCAAUGUUCGGUGUGGACGCAAACACCGCCCGUUUUGCCCUCUUCAAACUUCUACGCUUGAGAGUUUCACUUUGGGGUGGGGACGGAGAUUUUUGUCAAAAUGGCUAUCUUUGACGACUAUGUUUGUCCUGCCUUGUGUGAGAAAAUUUAAAGUACAGAAGCGAAGUGAGGCGAGUAGAUAGGCGGGAUAUCGGUGUGCGUGGCUGGAAAAAUAUGCGGACAUUUAUAGUACCGCUCGCCUUUUGCCUCAGGAAAACUGGCGUCGUCCGUUUAUUAUCUGGCGUGUAUCCGAUACGAAUGUUGAGUUGAGGACGCGUCGUAUGGCAUUCGACGGGCCGUAAUGUAGUGGCGACGAGUGCGGUGGACCAUUUGGUGUAGUCGUGGAUCCCCGGAUUCAUCCUUUUGUUUACUAUGAUUGAUCUCAAGACGAUAUUCGAUCCUAAUGUUUUUGUCUCUCGCGGUCGGCUAGUGGCGCCGCUUUAUUAUUAUUACUUUUAAUGUGUAGAUUUACGGAGUUUGGACGCUUUUUGCGCGUUGCCGUAGUUCGGAUGUAGCGGAGGUUAUCGAUAUGUGUUAAGGCUUGGAGUUAUCUUUUUUAUGCAUGUCGUUUAUGUGGAAAUUCUCUUGCACUGUUGCGGUUAUGUUUUUGUGUAAAUUAUUGCUAUUGUAUAACGAAUACGAAGCUCAUGUCUAGAAAAUACCCAAUAUCCAUGUCAUGUAAAUUUAAUCAUAUGAUUACGCGAAAUUAUCGGCUAACAAUUAUUUUUUAUUUAAUGUAACGAAUCAAAUAUUUAAUUAAAAGUAGCGACUUUUCAGUUCGGAUAAUCAUAAUCAAAUUGAAUUUAUUCAAUAAAAUAAUCUCAUUCCCGUGAAUAAUAUCCAUUACAUAAGAUUUCUCGGUAGACGUUUAAAAGUAGGAACUUUUGAACAUAACGGUUGCAGUAGAAUGGUAUUUGAAUGCAAUAAAUCUGAAAAGCUCGCGUUGCGUAGGGUUGCCCGCAACGGUGUCUCAGGCGGCAUUUAUGAACUAAGGAAUUGUCCGCGUGAGACACCGAUGCUGUAACCCUGCGGGUAGCAUUUGUAGAAGCCUAGGUGACUCGAGUGAUUGUAAGAAGUCUAUUGAAAUCGUUGGUAUUGUAUAUAGAUGAGCUACGAUCCCACCAUUAAAGUAAAAAUAUUUCUAAGUACUAAAUUGUAAGUGGUAUCACAGGUGAAGCCGUCAUUUUUUAUUGCAUCAUAAAAAUAUUCCAAUCAAAUGUUGUGAUGUUUAUUAAAUUUUCCAUAGUUAUUACAAACACACAUACACAAGUUUUUUGUUUUCAUUAUUUAUAUGUACGGAUAAUUUAAUUUGAGUGAAGUAUGUAUUAAAAGUAUUGUGUAGUUGGUUGCGCUUCGUCGAUUGUAUCGCGAGUCACCACCGUCGGCGGUACGUCGACCGAUCUUGCUCACUUGAUUCAUCCAUAUUUGUUGAUCCGAAAUUUGAAUCAUUCAUUAAUAACCCCGACCACUUUGUUGUUUAAACAUCAUCCUAAAUUGCUAUGUGUCAACAGAUAUUAUGAUAAUAUAUCGCUUCAAUCAGUAGUAGUCGCAAACGAAGCAAAUGUUAGUAAUAUCUGUUGAUACACAGUAAUAUUUUAACAAAACAUUUGUAAGACUUGUGUGAGUUUGAUCUACCCAAGUUAGGUAACUUUGUAUUGUUAAACAUUGUGGCCAAUAAAUAGUAAUACAAACAUUUUAUACCCAUGUCCGGAGUUGUUCGUGUAAUUAAACUUACCUUUUACAUAACAACGGUCAGAAUAUUAACUGUGAUUUUCGACAUUGUCAAUAAGUUGAGCAAAUAAAUUAAAAAUGAUGUAAA